AUGUUCGUCCACGUGAGCAGAUCUAAGCAUCCAGGGCGCUGCCCCUCCCUUCCCCUUGCCCGCUCCUCCCUUCCUUCCUUUCCUCCCUCCCUCCCCACCCUUUUCAUCUCUGUGAUCCCACAUCCGCCUCCUCCUCCUCCCUUUACUCACGAAGCCUACUCCAAACUGCUGUCUUCUUGCGCCCCCCACUGCCGGCGAACCGCAGAGAUCAAAAGGGCCCACCGAGCCGGGAAGAAGACGUCUCGCUCGCUUUGGCCACCCCGGUCUCGCUUUGCCUUCCUUCUCUGGCUUCCUGAGGGUCUCUCUGAACCCCACCACCUCCUUGCAGCCCUGUCGAAGAAAGAGAAGACCUUCUUCCCCUCUCCUCAAGAAAAAGGCUGCGGGAGCCCAGAAAAGACAGCACCUUUCCAACCUGCCCAUCAGAAGAGCCCCGUUUCCCCAGCAGGAAGGCACAGACUCUAUGGAACCCAAGUAGACCUGAAGAUCCCCGGAGAUUUGCAGAAAAUCCGAGGUAGAGCAUCUACUAUCAUCCUUCACUCCGUAUCCUCUUUUCUGCCUUCCUUCACUCCGAAUUGUCUCCUCCGCAUUCAGGAUCAGAUGUUUCAAAUGGAGUUCGCUUAUGGAAGGAAGCCAACCUGUGACAACACAACAAGGAUUCUGUGCCCCUAACUCAGCAAAUAUGGAGAGCUGUAUACACUACAUAGAGCUUUUACUAUCAAAAAAACAGCAUGCACUUGUCAGCUGAUUCCACUUGACCUCAAGGGGAGAUUAUUUCAGAAAAGAAAAGUAUUGGAAGUCUUUUUGAAAAAUAAAAUAAAACAUGUAUUUUUUAUAUACCUGGAAUGUUAACAUCUUCAUGUGUGCAUCGCACAACUCCAGAUGAUUUCACAGUUUCUUCUGUCAGUUUCACCAAAUCUGUGCUUUCUGGUGGAUUCCAUCUUUGAUAUUGAUAUAUCUCUCCAUCCAUUUAAAAUACAGCAGUGAAUAAAAAUAUAAUAAAAACACACAA